CUGCGGCUGCAUCGCGGAACCAACGAGAGAGGAAGAGGGCAGCGGGCCCGGCCACCUACACCAUGACCAGCUGUCGCCACCAUUCGGGAUACUUGGCGGACGACGAGGCUGGCCACACCACCUACGUGGCCCGGGUCCAGCCACCUAAGAAGUCACUGUUCCCGGAAAUGGGGCAAGCCUCCAAGCUGGGCCACACACCACACCCCACUUCGAUGCACGGCGCCUCAGGCAGUUCAGGGCUCCGCAGCCACUGCCGAAACCCCAAGGGCCCUCGACCCUUUAGGAGCUUCCUGGAUUUCCUUGUCGAGGGUCAGGUGCUGGACAGCCUGCAGACGGUGGUGGAGGAGGCAACUGAGCGCAUGGCCACCGUAAAGACAGAGGCUGGGGUGCCGCUGGUGGAGGUGGAGGACCCGAUGGAGGUGCCAAGGGGUGGGCGUCGGGCACGGGCCCGGCCCAUCCUCAGAACCGUGCACCAGCGCUGCACCCGGCCAAGCCUCUGCCUGGGGCGCCCCAACAAUUACCCGUCCUGCUCCAGCUCCAUGUCCGACUCCCACAGCAGCUUCACGGCCAACUGGCCGGGCUCCCAUAGCUGGGACAGCAACCUGGGUGCCCGCAGCUUGGGUGCACUGCCACCCAUGAAGGACAAACUCCUGCUGGAGACGAACCUCAAACGGCUGCUGCAGCUGGAGAACAGAAGGAAAGGCCUGGGGCAGUCCUGCCCCCACGGGGACUCCCUGCCAUGGGACUCACUGGGCAGCCAGACCAGCAGCCAGUGGACCCUAGAGCAGCCCCUGUCCUGGUUCUCAGGCCUGCUGGGCUCGAGCUCAGGCACUCCUGAAGCGUCAGAGCUGGGGCCAGCAGAGCGGGAGCUGAUCUUCCUCAAGCGAGAGCUGAACAAGGAGAUGAAGUCUUUGCUGAGCCAGCCAGGGUCCUUUGACCUGCCCGGCUACUGUGCACUCCGAGAGCCCCAUCGGACCCUGGACUUCCUGGCUGAGCACCACCUGUUCCCCGCCCUGCAGGACGUGGUCAACCAGGCUGUGGACAAGCUCAGUGGUGCCUGCCGCCGAGACGGCUGCCCUCUCUUCCCGUUGGAAUGGGAGCCCUCCCCAGAGUCCAGCUCCAAGCUGGCCACACCCAUUGAUGGGGAGGAGCCCUACGAUUUGCUGCCCACCACAGCCUCCAGCCCCAGGAUGGAGCACAGAAAGAGCAUCAAGUACAGGGGACGCGGCAAGGCCAAGGAAGGUGGCUCCCCGGUGUCUAGCACCCAAGUGGCCACCAGGUUCCGGCUUGAGAGCCCCAGUUACAAGUUCACCAAGAAGAAGACGCUGCCCUCCAUCCUGUCCAAGUCCACCACCAUGUCCCGCCUCUCCAACCCCUGGUACGAGGAGCUCGUUGACUACCUGAAGGGCCAGGCUGUGUCCUUGCUUGCCUGCAAGUACAGGUUUGAGAAGAACCUCACUGGGCAGCUGGGCUUCAUCUCCUUCCCCAUCACUGAGGCACUCCUGGACCUUUUCCUGGGCUUCAGGAAGGUGAAGGGCUCGCGCAUCCGUCUGUCCUCCACGAUCGACUGGAGCUGCCUGCUGCGCAGGCUGGAGGAGGCCGAGUUUAGCCAGUGGUCACCCCAGCGGGCAUCCCAGCCCCCUUCCCGGCACACCUCCCAGCACAGCACCCCCCAGCGCAGCAUGCGGACACCCACCGCGCCGUCCGAGCUGGCCGCCAGGACCCACAGGGUCCAGGACAAGCCCACAGGGUCCCGCCUCAACAUGAGGUCCCCGGGCCCCCGGCCGCUCGCCUCACAGGAGCGCCCGGCAGCCGCGGAUCAGGAGCCCACCAGACCGCCAGAGCCCAAGCUGUUCCUGUCCUCCGCCAACACCGGCGUGGCCUCCCAUCAGUCCGACCAGACAGUGGACAUGGAGGACCACCAGAGCAUCGAGGAGGAGGAGGAGGACAAGGAGGAGGAUGGAGAGGAGGAGGAAGAGGACGAGAAUGACUUUGGAGAUGAGGGCGAGCCCCAGAGCUCCCCGGAGCCUCAAGAGGAGGCCGUGGUCAGCACCAUGGCGGCAGGCUCAGGUGUGGGCCACGGUGACUGCCCAUGGGGCCCCUGA